GCUCAGACGCUCUAUUAACUUAAAUAUAUAGAAACAGUGUUUAGUUUUUUAAACCAUUGCCUUUGUGGCCACAACCUCAAGUAUGAGUCAUUUUAAAAAAAAGUCACUCGCGAACAUAUUUGCAACUCAUCCGGGCAGUUAUUUCAGUAACACGAAAUCAAGUCCUAUCGACUUAAAUGACGAAAGACAAAUCGCUUGCUAAGGUGACAAAUAUACAAUAUAUUAACGAUCAACAACUAAACCAUACAUUUCAUUUUUAAGGUCAAAUUGCGGAUUUUAAACACUUUGGUUGGCAAGUACCUCACAACUCUGUACCAUCGGAACUACUUACCCCGGUACUGUUGCACGCGGAACUUUAUAACAGACGGACCUUUCAAAACAAUCUGCUGAUCAAAUGAUUUCAGUUCUCUGUGUGUUUAACAAUAAUUCAAGGAAUUUAUUCAGUUUUAUCACAUGUGUUUAUUAGGUCAUUUUUGCUAUUUGUAUUUCCAUGAUCGCACUUUAACUGUCGGUGAUUUAAAGGUGAUAUAAAGCAUCAAUAAUGACAUCUAAACCUACAUGUCUGAUUGUGGCCAGUGCUGCAUCUGCAGGAGUGUCAGCUCGAUCACUUCAGCACUGUUUUACUUUGUGCAGUUCAGUGUUUAACCUGCAGACAGCGACACCUGGCGGGAAGCCCAUUGACUUUGUCUGUGUUGAUGAAAGUGCAAGCCGAUGGGUGCAAGAGUUCAACCUCACAUCCUACGCCAACCCAACGAAACUGGAGUCAAUAGAUGGCGCACGUUACGAUUCGCUGUUGAUUCCCGAUUGUCCGGGGGCCCUGAGAGAUCUCGCACACAGCGGCUCCCUCGCACGAAUCCUGUCUCACUUCACAUCACAGAAAAAGCCCGUGUGCGCUGUGGGACAGGGUGUAGCUGCUCUCUGCUGUGCCACAGAGGAACAGAAGUGGAUAUUUAGUGGUUACAGUAUGACCGGCCCUUCUGUAUUUGAGCUCGUACGAUCUCCAGAAUUCGCCAACCUGCCACUGAUCGUGGAGGAUUUUAUUAAAGACAAUGGUGGAUCUUACACAGCGAGCAUUGAGGAUGCUGUUCAUGUGGUUCUGGACCGACACCUGGUGACCGGACAGAAUGAUGAGUCCUCAGUCGUAGCCAUCAAUAAUCUGAUCCUGAUGUUUAAUAGCAGAUGAACAAGAGAUGAGAUCCCAUCACAGAAUGUGAAGUCACAUGGACAUCAAUCAUGUCUACAGUCAGUAUGGAAAAUCUUAACCAUCAAAUUAAAAAAAAAUUAUAUAUGACUUUUUGUAUAACCAUUUCAAUGUUAGGGGAGAGUGGGGGCACAAACUAAUGCUUUUUGACUUUGGCUCUGUCAUUCAAAAAAUAUUUAAGUUAGAUUAAUAAUGUUUUUACACAGUCAACACACACAUCUCUGCUACAAAAUGAACACUUAAAAGUUUGUUCGUGGGUCCUUCCGUUAUCGUACAAUUACACCGAAAAUGACAGGAGUGCAAACGUUACCCCAUAGGUGGGGUUUAUUGUAACAAAACAAAGGGUUUGUUGUAACGCCUGCUAGAAAAUUUAGUUUCAACACAAAUAAUUCAAUAAAAUUCUGUCUAUAUAUUAAAGGUGGAUAUUGUUUAUAUAUCUGCCUAUAAUGGAUAGAUAUCCACACAUUCAUCCAUCCAUCAUCCUUCAUCUAAGAUUUUGAAAUUUACUUUCAUGCCUCCAAAACACUCUUUGUUCAAUAUCUUUUCACAAAUUCACCGGAGAUCAUCUUCUGACAGUAAGAGAAAAAGACCAAAAGACCAGACUGCUCGGCCUUGUAUAAAAAUGUAAAGUAGCUGUGCACGAUUAACCCCACGUUUAUUUGUGUCCCGCUCAUCCUUUAUAUCUGUAAAAUAAAAAUGCUUUUAAAGAAAAUCUCAUAAAUGAAUAUCUUAAUGUUCAUAGUAAUGUCAAAAUGUUUUUUUUCACAUAUGUAUGUACUGUAGCAUCAAUGUUUGUUUAUCAUUUAUCAUGUUUAUAUCUUUAUAUGCCCAAAAUGUUUUGUGCACCUGUAAUGAUGUCUUCUAAUAUGCAUCACAUAAACAAUAAAAUACAAAGAAUAGUAGUAUU